GUUUCAAAUCACACCACGCUUCCCAGUUCCCCCAUUCUCUUUCUCCUUGUGUAGAGCUUGAACCCAGCCAGUAUCAAUGGCGAACGACCAGGAGAUGAGUGGAUGGACUGAUCUUCUCCAUUCUUCGACUAAGCUUCUGGAGCAAGCGACUCCUUCGUCUCAGUUUCCUCCUCUUCAGAGGAAUUUGGAUCAAUUGGAAACAUUGUCGAGGAAACUCAAGGCGAAAACCCUAAGAAACGAAGCUCCGGCACAGUCUAUUGCUGCCACUAGACUACUUGCACGGGAGGGAAUCAAUGCAGAUCAAUUAUCUCGUGAUCUUAAGUCAUUUGAGUUGAAGACGACAUUUGAGGAUGUAUUCCCUGCCGACGCAACAAGUGUUGAAGAAUACUUGCAACAGGUUCAUGAAAUGGCAAUGGUAUCGGCUAUACAGGAGGCUCAAAAAGAUAAUGUUCGAAGCUUUAACAACUACAUGUUGAAAGUUUUGGAGGAGGACUGUAGAAAAGAAAAACGUGACUUUCUUCAUAGCCUUAGCAAAAUUUCAAUGUUACCUAAGACCAAGAUGAUCGAUUCAAGCAGAGGCACUCAUGCUGGUUCAUUAAUGGCUUUGAGUCCUCAAGUAUCUUCAAAACCUGGAAUGCAACUGGUGUCUAUGACUAACAAACCCAUUCAUGAGAAAAAGUCAUAUGUCUAUGCCGAGGUUGUGAAGAAACUAAACUCUGCAAGAGAACGAGGCUUGCCAUUUAAACCUGCAACAUCGUUCAAUGGUGCAUAUGAAAGUCUAGGAAUUAAUCUGACUCGUGGAAAAUCAGUCAACAUUCAGAAAAUAUGGCAACUUAUUCAGGCAAUGACAGGUGAAGAAUCAGAAGUACAACAUGGUGCCUCCAAGAGGAUGGCCCUCGUGAUAGGUGCAAGACGCCACUUGGAAUGUGGGCAUGGGAAACAUAUAAUGGAUACAAUUCAAAGUCAUCAUACACAAGCUGCUCUUGGUGGAUCUGUUGGAAAUUUGCAAAGAAUUCGUGCCUUUCUUCGGAUUCGUCUGAGAGAUUAUGGGCUUUUAGAUUUUGAUUCAGGCGAUGCUCAUAGGCAACCACCAUUUGAUACUACUUGGCAGCAGAUAUAUUUUUGUUUGAGAACUGGUUAUUAUGAGGAAGCUAGAGAAAUUGCCCAAUCAUCCCGUUCAUCACAGCAACAGUUUGCUCCUCUGCUUACCGAGUGGAUUACCACGGGUGGCACUGUGGCUGCACAUACCGCCGCUAUUGCUUCUGAAGAAUGUGAGAGGUUGUUGAGGUUGGGCCAGACAACAUAUGACAAGAAGAAGCUCCUACUCUAUACGAUAAUAUCUGGUUCCCGACGGCAGAUUGAUCGAAUCGUGAGGGAUUUUUCGACGCUCUUUAAUACAAUUGAAGAUUUUCUUUGGUUCAAACUAUCAUGCGUACGUGACGUAGCUGGUGGAUCUUCAUCUGUGGUCUUGAAUGAUGGGCUAGUGCCUUACAGUUUGGAUGAUCUUCAGGCUUAUCUUAAUAAAUUUGAGCCAUCUUAUUACACUAAGAAUGGCAAAGACCCUCUGGUAUACCCAUAUGUUUUGCUUCUCAGCAUUCAGUUACUACCAGUGAUUAUGUACAUGUCCAAAGAAGCAGGAGAUGAAGGGUAUAACAUUGAUGCUGUCCAUAUGGCUAUUUCGCUAGUGGACCAUUCCGUGCUAUCUGAAGGAUCUGGGACUGGGCACAAACUAAGCGUGAUGGAUGCUAAUGCUGAGGCAUCUAGCAUGAUUAGGCAAUAUGGGACGAUGUUUUUACGUCAUGAUGAUCUGAAAACGACGCUGGAAUACUAUGCACAAGCUGCCAUUGCAGUAGGUGGGGGGCGGGAAGCAUGGUCUGGAAGAAGUAACGUGGAUCAACAAAGGCAAAGGAACAUGAUGUUGAAGCAACUACUGACUGAGAUCUUGUUACGAGAGGGUGGUAUUUGCUUACUGCUUGGUGCUAGAGGUUCCGGUGAAGAAGGCGAGCUUGGAAGAUUUCUGCCUGAUAUUAGAUUGAGGCAGCAGUUCUUGAUUGAAGCUGCGCUUCAGUGUCAAGAAGCUGGAUUAUAUGACGAAGCGAUAGAAAUACAGAAGAGAGUUGGUGCGUAUUCGUCUGCCUUGGAAACGGUAAACAAGUGUCUAUCCGAAGCCAUUUGCUCCCUUGUCCGUGGAAGGUCAGAUGGUGAAAGCCAAGCAGCGGGGCUUGUUCUCUCAGGCAACGAUAUUCUCAAUACUUACAAAUAUCACCCUGAAGCCAGUAUCCAGGGAAGAGAUCAAGUCAUGGAGCAAGAAACAAUACUAAGAGAGCUUGAGGCAAUACUGUCAAUCCACAAGUUAGCCAGACUAGGCAAUCAUCUAAAUGCCAUAAGAGAAGUCGCGAAACUUCCAUUCCUACAUCUCGAUCCAAGACUACCUGACACCACCCCAAACGAGUUUCAGAAAGCAUCCUCUUACUUUCAGACUUGUGUCCCUGAUUUACUCAAGGUUGCUCUGACGUGUUUGGAUAACGUAGCUGACACUGAUGGAUCGAUGAGGGGAAUGAGAUCUAAGAUUGCUGGAUUUCUUGCAAGCAACACACAGCGGAACUGGCCUCGAGACUUGUAUGAGAAGGUUGCUCGAAGCUUUUGAAUCUAAGAAAACUUGAACACUAUUCUUAGGAAGGAAGCUGUUGAACCCAGUUUUGUUACUUUGUUUACCUUAGAACGAAGGAUAUGUUUUCUUGGUUGUAACAGGCAUCGUUAAUAAAACCCAAAACUUAAUUCAGAGAUAUAAUCACACAAAAUCCAAGGAUCGUAUGUUAGGUUCUCUAAAGCAUUAUAUAAUAAAUCCAAAACAAAAACAAAAACAUAUAUCAGUUCUGACUCGUGAAGGCAUUGACAUGAAAAAUGUUUAUAAGCUGACCCAAUUUGUGUGUGCCUCACUCAUUCUUGGUGCUCUAGGCUUCAGCCGUCUCAAAUCUCCGCAUCAUGUCACAAUGAGGUGUUUCACGAACAAAUCCCCAUUGUUUCCUCUGCAUCUCAUACCUACAAUUCUGACUAAGUAUAGACACAUAAUCUCUCUCAACUUGUUCUUCCAAAACAUGCCGAUCGUUGCUAUCACGUGGGUAAUCCUGCUCGAAUUUAGACGACCUCACAAAGUAAUUGACACCUCUCUGUGUAGUGAACUUGUGAUGGUAAGGA